AUGGCAGCCAAUAUUGCAUCCUUGAGGCGAAGUUUUGCAGAGAGAAGCAGAGAAAGGUUGCUAUCCAGAAAAGGGUAUUCAGAAUUAGGAUUGGGUGAAUCUUAUGGUGGUGAUGAAGGUCUCAGAUGCGGUUGUAUUCGAUCAGUUGGCGAUAAAUUUACAAAUUUUUGGAUUACUGUUCGAGAAAAUGCAGUUAAAGCAUAUAAAAUGGGUCGCUCUGAUCCUCGAAAAGUCAUAUUUGCAGCUAAAAUGGGAUUGGCUCUCGUGCUCGUUUCGGUUCUCAUAUUCUUCAAAGAACCACUCAAUUAUAUUGGGCAACACUCCAUCUGGGCGAUCCUCACCGUUGUCGUUGUUUUCGAAUUCAGCAUAGGAGCCACACUUAACAAAGGAUUUAACCGCGCCUUGGGGACAGUAUCUGCCGGCGCACUUUCUCUGGGCAUUGCUGAACUAUCUGUGUUGGCUGGAGAUUGGCAAGAAUUUGUUAUCGUUUUCAGCAUUUUUAUGGCAGGGUUUUGUGCAAGUUAUUUGAAGCUGCACCCGUCGAUGAAGCAAUACGAAUAUGGGUUUCGGGUUUUCCUGUUGACAUUUUGUAUCGUCUUGGUAUCGGGGACUUCAAAUUUUAUCCAAACUGCUGUUUCUCGGUUCUUGCUAAUUGCUGUUGGAGCUGGUGUGUGUUUGCUUGUUAAUAUCUGUGUUUAUCCCAUUUGGGCUGGAGAGGAUUUACACAAAUUGGUGGUGAAAAAUUUUAAGGGUGUUGCUACUUCCUUGGAAGAUUGUGUUAAUGGGUACUUGGACAGCGUUGAAUAUGAGAGGAUCCCUUCAAAAAUUCUAUUCUACCAGGCUUCUGAUGACCUUGUUUAUAAAGGAUACAGAUCUGCUGUGGAGUCCACAAGCCAAGAGGAUUCCCUUUUAAACUUUGCUGUAUGGGAACCACCUCAUGGCCGUUACAAAAUGUUCAACUAUCCUUGGAGUGACUAUGUUAAAGUUAGUGGUGCAUUGCGGCAUUGUGCAUUCAUGGUCAUGGCAAUGCAUGGGAGUAUACUCUCACAAAUACAGGUGAAAUUUUCUUGGCUGUCUUUAGUAGACAGUAUCAUUUUUUUAGUUUCUUAUGCUACUGCUAUGGCAUUCUACUCUAACAUAGCCAUGAUAACUGGCAUGUUCCUGCAACAUUAG